GCCAAUCGGCGUACAAUCUUGUUGAAAGGAGCAUGGCACCACUUUCAAACAGACUUGCAGGUAUAGUUUUACCUGUGGAUUAUUACGGUUCCCACCUUAACUCACAAGACCCUAUUUUUGAAAAGCCAGUUAUAACUGAGUAUGUUGAUAUAGAAAACAUUCCAUUUCCGAAUGUUGAGUUUCCAGGGUUGGAAAAUAAUAUUGAUAAUUAUAAUGUGCCUUGGGAAUGGAUAGAAAAUGAUCUUCUUGCUACCAAUAAUGGCUUUCUUCCGCCUCUUGUAAUAGGAAAAGAUGACCAUUAUGUUAACUCGAUUCAUCUAUUAGAGUACUACGACAAGGGAAAAAUACCAG